UUUUUCCUGGAUCAGAAAAAAAGGAAAGGCUAUAAAUGGACAGUGUGGGACAACUGCAAAACUUAAAUAUGGGCUGUAUAUCAAAAAAUAUUAAUAGUAUUCUAGCCAUGUUAAAUUCCCUGAAUUUCACAGUUAUUUAAGAUAAUGUCCUCGUUCUUAGGAGAUACAUGUUGAAGGGCCAUGAUGUCUACGAGUUUCUUUCAGGUGGUUCAGUUAAAAAAGUUAAUGAGUACACUACAUGUAGCAGGAAAGCAAAUAAGUGUGGAAAAAUUUAAAAAAUUGGUGAAUCUGAGUAAAUGGGAUAUGGGAGUUGUGUUCUUCCUGUAACUUUUCUGUAUGUUUGAAAGGUAUUUUUCAAAAUAAAGUUUAAAAAACAUCUCUAUGUGCCAGGCACCAUGGGUAAUACACACAGGAUGAAGCAACAGACCCUGCCUUCUAGGAUGCUAAAGGAGGGGAGAUAAACACAUGAGUAACUUCAAUUAAAAUGAGAACUAAUCAAAUCCUGUUGGAAAGGUAUAAGUAAAGUGCUAAGGUGAUACAAAGGCAGCAGGGACCACUCAAAACUGGGGAAGGAAAAGGCUACAUGGAGGUUAGUGAGCUCAGUGGUUAAGACAGAACACUUUAGAGUCAGGCAGUCUGACUUCAAAUCCAGUUGCUACUAUACUUCAGAGCUCUGAAAGCUUGGGCAAGGCAAGUUCCUUAAUUCUCUUUAAGCUUAGUUUCUUCCUCUAUAAAAUGAAAAUAAUACCAAACUCAAUAGAGUUGAAAAAUAACUUGUGAUGUUUUAAGCACAGGGCUACACAUGUAAUCAACACUCCAUCAACGUUAGCAAUUACUACCAUUAAUUACAACUACUAUGUGGACCUUGAACCUUAGCUUGGAUCUGGAUAUGUGAUGACUAAGGAGGACAAACUCGAGGGCAGAGGGAACAAUAUACACAAAGGUACAAGGUUGGAAAACAGCAUAUACAUGCUUUGGCUGGAGUGUAAAAUAUGGGAAGGGAAAGAAGUCUGUAAUCAGAUCACAGAUGCUUAAAUGCCAGCUUCAGAAGCUUGGACUGAAUGUAUAGAGGCCAAGGUGAGUUACAGAGUUUCUAAACUUUUAGAUAGUUUAGUCUGGCAAGAUCCAUUGGGUAAAGGUAGAAUAGGCUGAUUUGAUGACAACAGACAAGUUUAAACCCAACUGAAGGUAGUCAACCAGGAAGGAAAAUUUUGUAGCUACACAGUGUCCUUUACAGAUCUCAUAACAACGACCAUUUUCUUCACUCCUUAGCACAUCCUCUGAUAUUAACUCAUGAGAGUAAGACCCUUGGGCUUAGCUCCUGAUUUUGCUAGGUGAGCUGACACUGUGGAAGGAUGAAGAGGAGAGAAAAGAGUAAUCUAGUCUCAUGACUCUUCCCUCCUCUGUUUUCUCUAGAACUAGUAAACUAUGAAGAGAUUAAGAAGAAACAGGCUGGGCUAAGAAUAAGGAGUCCAAACCUCUUUUAACAAAGGCAUAUCUGCCAGCUAGAGGUGCAUGGAAGGGACAAGGACAUGUGCAGGAAGUUGGAACACAAAAGAAAAGAGGAUAGUGAUUGUUACAGCCAUUUUUUAUUUCAUUAACUGAAAAUCUCAACCAAAAAUUUAAAUUCUGUUCUACUUAUAAAAUGGAAUGUCCUAAAACCCAUUACAAUUUGUUGAUUUAUAGUUUAAAAAUGAAUGGCUCUAUAGGCCAGACUUCUACCUUCUUUGUCUAGGUACCUGAUUCAUUAUUAAGGCUGCCUAAGUGAAGAUUCAAGAAACACAAUCUACAGCAGGCGUCCACAAACUACAGUCGGCGGGCCACAUAAACCUUGUGGGGAAAUGGUGCCUAUUUCUUAAAACUGGAUGGAUGUCUUCCUGGCUGAGGUACCUACAAACUUCCUCCUUCCUCAGAGAAAACUUGUAGUUUUGGGUCUCAAACAUCUGAAAGUGAAAGGGAAGAUAAGCGGAGACUACUGUGAAGAGAUCCUGUCCAUGCCCUGAGGGGGCUUACACCUGAGCUCAGGCAGACACCAUUUGGAAUUAAGAUGGCAUCUUCUACUCCAAGGAAGAGGAAGCAGCAUUCUUUGAACUGUGAAAACCUAUUGUCAGACAUUCCAUCAAAGAAAUCAAUUUUGCACUUCACUGAAAAUCUGUUUCCAUCACCUAAUAAGAAGCACAUUUGUCAAAGCAGUGAUAAAAAUGAAGAAAAGGUGCAUUGCUCUCAAGGCCAUUUCAUCUUAAGUUCACUCAAAACAACUGAAGAAGAUAAAAUGCCAUCUGCAAAUCCAAAUUCACCAUUUAAGUCUGCUGUGUCCACUGUAUCCUUUUACAACAACAAAAAUAAGUCGUACCUCAAUCCACUGGAGAGAAAGUUAAUAAAAGAGAGUAGAUCCACUUGUCUAAAAACUAAUGAAGAUAAAUCUUUUCCCGGUGUGACAGAAAAAAUUCAGGGAAAAGCAGUUUGCUCCAAGAAGAGGAAGAAAAAACCACAGAAGAGUUUAACUGCUAAGUAUCAGCCGACUUAUAAGCACAUCAAGCCUGCAUCAAGGAACUCUAAAAAUUCUAAGCAAAAUCGAGUAGCCUUUAAGUCAAUUAUAGAGAAAGAGAAUAAUUGUUAUUCAGCUAAAAGUAAUCCUAAUGCUCCUCGAAUUUUAAGCCAAAAAAUAAAACCACAGGUUACACUCCAGGGUGGAGCGGCAUUUUUUGUUAGUAGAAAAAAAUCCUGUCUUAGAAAAAUUUCUCAGGAAAAUGAGCCAUCACUAGGACUCACCCAAAAGAAUAAAUCGAUGACUGAAGAUUCUGAUGUAGAGACUGUCAGUGAAAGAAAAUCUUUCGAGACAAGGCAAGUGCCAAAGUACUUAUUACUGGAAAGGAAAUUGAAUGUUGAGCUACUGAGUGCAAGAAGUAAAAAUGAAGACAAAUUAAUAAAGGAUUCAUCAGAUGGAGUAGUUUCUUCAAGGGAAUGUAAAGUGGAUAAAAAUAAAUAUUUUUCUUCAGAGGAUUCUCUUGGUGAGAACAAGACAAUUUCUUCCGAGUCCUCCAUCUAUCCCAUCUUCAAUGUGUCUUCAGUCAAUACAAAAAGAUCUCUAGCUGAAGAACAGUUUUCUGUGGGAUCCAUCAUAUGUACUAACGUCUUGAAACAGACCAAUACCCAGAAAAAUACUAAUGCCAGAGAUACAAAUAAAGAAUCAAAAGACCAGCUUGUCAUUGAUGCAGGUCAGAAACAUUUUGGGGCUACUAUGUGUAAGUCUUGUGGCAUGAUAUAUAGUGCCUCCAACCCUGAAGAUGAAAUGCAGCAUGUUCAGCAUCACCACCGAUUUCUGGAAGGAAUCAAAUAUGUGGGGUGGAAGAAAGAACGAGUAGUAGCAGAGUUUUGGGAUGGGAAAAUCGUGUUGGUCCUGCCUCGUGAUCCAAGUUACGCUCUCAGAAAGGUAGAAGAUGUCCAAGAACUUGUUGAUAGUGAAUUGGGCUUCCAGCAAGUUGUUUCCCAGUAUCCAAACAAAACCAAAACUUUUCUCUUUAUAUCUGAUGAAAAGAGAGUAGUUGGAUGUUUAAUUGCAGAGCCAAUCAAACAGGCCUUUCGUGUCCUGUCUGAACCAACUGGCCCGGAAUCCCUAAGCUCUAAAGAAUGUCCUAGGGCGUGGCAAUGUUCAAAUGUACCAGAACCUGCGAUCUGUGGGAUAAGUAGAAUCUGGGUUUUCAGAUUGAAGAGAAGAAAGCGUAUUGCUAGACGACUGGUGGAUACUCUCAGGAAUUGCUUCAUGUUUGGCUGUUUUCUCAGCACUGAUGAAAUAGCAUUCUCUGACCCAACACCAGAUGGCAAGUUAUUUGCAACCAAGUACUGCAACACCCCUAAUUUCCUGGUAUACAAUUUUAAUGGUUAAAGCCAGUUUCAAAUAUAAAACAGUUACUGUGUGGAUAAGCUCAAAAAUUAUCUAGGGAUUUAAAGAAAAGGAAAUUCUUUGGGUGAUGUAUUGAUUAGCACUAUAAAUCCUUAAUUAUGAAACUUUGUAGCUAUAACUGAAAAAUUACUUGACUCCUGUUUAAGAGUAUUGACAAAGGUGUUUUCUACAGAAAUGUGAUCUGGUCUUUUGUUUUUUUAGGCUUUUUUGUUGUUUUCUUUUCUUUUUUUUAAUUUAAACAGGUUUAUUUUGAGCUUGAAUGUGUGUGACCAGCCUGGAGCACAUUGCUUCAAGAGGUCUCUAGAAAAUGUGCCCCAACCUGGUCUUUUAUAAAGCACACCUUUAGACCAGGAUUAUCUCAUGCCACAUCAGAAGCAAAGAGGCAAAUUUAAACCAGACAAAAAUAUUUCCAUGCUCAAUUUUUAAAGAUAAUUCCUGAAUUCUAUAUACAAAGUUCUCACUUUAUAGGUCCUUUAUAGCAACUCAGUCUGAAUAUAUUUAGAAAUUUUGAGUUUCUUAUCUGUAACAAGAAAAGGUGGUAAGGAAAGAGUAAGACAUCCCAUAUCUACUUACGUAGAACAGAAUUCCAUGGCUUAAUGUUUUAAUCUCUUUGAAAAUUAAAUAUACAACUGCCAUCAAAUUUAAUUAAAAUUAUACUUAGUAAUUACACUAUUAUCAUUUCAUUGAUUUUUGUUGUGUGAAAAUACUGACAGUGCUACUUUAGGAACUUGUUACUAGGAAUUGAUGUUAUUAACAAAAUGGAUGCCUAAUUUGUUUGGUUUUGUUUUUGUAUUUUUUUACUUAUUUAAAAUACACCUUCUUGUUCUGAGACAUCUGGCGAAGAUCUUUGCAAAAUGUAUGGUCACAGAACCAGGGUUAGUAAAUAUAUCUAGGCUGGUGGACCAGAGAAUAUGAUGACAUUAUGUAACUACACCUAAAUGUGUGCACAUUUUUCUAGUAUAAUUCUUUCAUGCUUGCUUUGUAAAGCAAAUAGAAAUUAUUCAGAUUGUUUUGAUUCUAAAAAAUCUUUUACUAUCUGGCAAUAAGACUCUAGGUGAGUAGCUCUUCAAGUUGUAACUCUGUAGAAUCUGCUCAUCUGCAAUCGUUUUGCCUGUAAGUUAACAUGGUUCCACAAUUUAAAAGCCUGGGUUCCAAAAGGAAUGUAGAAGUGUUAAAAUGUGUGUAAUAAUGUAAACAUUUUAAUACUAUUUUCUGCACUGCUGUUCUUUAAAAUUCUUUAAAAAAUUUAUUU